ACAUAUCGACUCAUGUAAUCAGAUGCACCGGCACUAACCCCUUUAAAAUAAUAAAGAAAUUAUAUAGAAUAUACAUGAGAAUUAUAAGAACAAACUGUAAAAACAUGUCAGUAUAAAGUUGACAGUCAAGAAGAGAAAAUUUGAAUAAAAAUAUAACAGAAAUUAUGGAUUUUUCCACAAUAUUGUUUGCAAUUAGUAUUUGCAUAAUUUUUAUAAAAUCGAAAAAAUUGUAUGUAUGGCUGAACUUAAAAUUUAAAUUAAAUCAACAAAUAAAGGUCAAAUACAAUUCGAAAAAGUAUGAUCCUGAAUCGAAACGUAUCGAUGGCUCUGGUCGCUGUUAUCCUAAUUGUGAUUCUACGGUUUGGUUAAGAUCCUGUAGUCAAGAGAUUAUUGAACCUAUAGAGGGUCAUGUUAUUGGUAAAAUUCCUUCAUGGAUUAAUGGUUCAUUGUUGCGUAAUGGUCCGGGCAAUUGGCAGGUGGGUGAUAUGACAUUUCAACAUUUAUUCGAUUGUUCUGCACUAUUGCAUCGUUUUGCCAUACACAAUGGUCGUGUUACAUAUCAAAAUCGUUUUGUUCAAACCGAGACCCUAAAGAAAAAUAAUGCCGCCCAACGAAUAGUGGUCACAGAGUUUGGUACCGCUUCGGUACCGGAUCCUUGUCAUUCGAUAUUUGAUAAAGUAUCGGCUAUAUUUCGUCCAGAUAGUGGUUCGGAUAAUUGUAUGAUUUCUAUUUAUCCUUUUGGUGAUGAGUUUUAUACCUUUACAGAAUCUCCCGUAAUUCAUAGAAUAAAUCCCCGCACAUUAGCCACCGAAGGACGUUUAGUUAUCACCGAUUUUGCUGGUGUAGUAAGUCACACUUCACAUCCACACGUAAUGCCCAAUGGCACUACCUACAACUUGGGUAUGGCCACCACAAAAUCUGGACCUGCUUACAGUAUAAUAUGUUUUCCACAUGGAGAAAAUAUGUUCGAGAAUGCGUACGUUAAAGCGCAUAUACCUUGUCGUUGGAAAUUACAUCCUGGUUAUAUGCAUACUUUUGGUAUAACCGAAAAUUAUUUUGUAAUAGUCGAACAACCGCUAUCGAUUUCAUUGCCCGAAUUUAUUAAAGCUCACGUUUGUAAUCAGAACUUAUCGGCUUGCCUAAAAUGGUUUGAAGAUAAACCCACCAUAUUUCAUUUAGUAGAUCGUAAGACGGGUCAGGAGACACAUACAUUCGAAUCGGAGGCAUUUUUCUUUUUGCACAUUAUCAAUCAAUAUGAAGAGGAUAAUUAUGUGGUUAUAGAUAUUUGCUGCUACAAGGAUCCGGAAAUGAUCAAUUGUAUGUAUUUGGAAUCGAUUAUGAAUAUGCAAUCUAAUCCCGAUUAUGCCUCAUUGUUUCGUGGACGCCCUUUAAGAUUUGUUUUGCCUUUAGGCAAUACUGGACCAAAUACAAAAAAUCCCCAAAAAUUAAGUCAAAAACGUCGUCUUUUAAAAUCGUUUACACUAUCGGGCAUUAGUUCCCGUUUGCAUCAGCCAAAAUUUAAACAUUCUCUAUCACAAAAUGAAGAUAUAACAUUUAUGACGACAAAUCUUCGUACUUCAACGAAUGAUUUGAGUAAUAAUAAUGAAGAUUCUACUUCUAGAGAAGCUCAAGAGAAUAUAAAAUAUGAAUCUUUGGUAAAUUUAGUGAGCUUAGCGAAUAGUCAGGCCGAAGCUUAUGAAAUGCCAAAUCGACAGAUUUUCAUUCGACCGGAGUUAUUAUGCGACUGGGGCUGUGAGACACCGCGUAUUAAUUAUGAGAAUUAUUUGGCUAAAAAAUAUCAAUAUUUUUACGCAAUAAGUUCUGAUGUGGAUGCAGACAAUCCAGGAACGCUCAUCAAAGUUGAUGUUGUUAAUAAAACCUGUAAAAAAUGGUGCGAAGAUAAUUGUUAUCCCAGUGAACCGAUAUUUGUACCUGCACCCAGCUCUCGCGAUGAAGAUGAUGGUGUUGUUUUAGCGUCAAUGGUAUGGGGUGGUUUCAAUGAGAACAAAGUGGGUUUAUUGGUGCUGUGCGCCAAGACAUGGAAUGAAAUAGGAAGAUGUGAAUUUCAUACAUCGGGACCGGUGCCCAAGUGCUUACAUGGCUGGUAUGCCAAAGAUGUAGUUUAGAAUUAAACUUUUAUAUAAAAUUGUUAUUUCGUAGUUAUGUUUUUAGUUCAAAAAAAAUAAAAUUAAGUUUUAUUUAAUUAAAAUUUCAUAUUAAUGAUAUUGUAAAUAAAUUCCUCCCAUUU